AUGGUUGUUUCCCUAGUAGGGAGGCGUUCUGAUGUAACCGCCACCACAUUCUCUUACCUUUCAAGAACUAUAUAUCAGAUUCUAAGUGUCAUGGUCUCAGAGGGUGUGAUUGACAAAGAAAAGUUCGAUUCCUUUUAUGUGCCAGUGUAUGAACCUUCUAGUAAAGAGGUGAGAGAGAUCAUCGAAGAAGAGGGCUCCUUUUCAAUCAAGGAGAUGCAAGUGCAUGACCCUACAACCGAUAUGAACAAUGCUCUCAACACCCCAAGCAAGUUCGUCAAUCUCUUGAGAGCUUUAUGUGAGCCAAUAUUAGUACAACAUUUUGGACAUGUCAUGUAUGAAUUCGUGAGCACCGCGGAGCAUCACUGGAGCCUAGAGGGCAACUUGUUAGGUCCUUAUGCUAUAUUGGCCAUAUCCCUUGCAAAGGCAUGA